UCGCCCAACAGCCAAUCAGGGCUAAGCAGAUGGAAAACUAGUUUUCAAGUUCGCGUUAUCAAAUCAUAAUUUAGCGUGUUAUAAUUCCAUCGCACCUGAUUUUUGCUGUAAACUUGUGAAACACGGAUAGUACGACGAGUUUAAUACUUAAAUACAAAACUAGACCAGUGUUUUUUAUAUUGACCAAUAAACAUAGGUAUUCUCAUUAAUAAACAACAUUUGGAAAAAGUUAAGUAAUUCAGCGAGAAAUGAAGUAGAAAUACUUUGCCAUUUGUCUCCAAAAAACUGUGCUUCAUUAUAUUAUCUACGCAUCCUCCGCUAUUGCAAAACUCUUUGCUUGCUAUUGUAAAAAGAAAUGGCGGAUCAGCAGUUCGGUGUUUCAAGACAAAAUCGUGAGUUAAUUGAAGCGGCAGCAAAAAGAAGGGCCUUAUUACGCCAAGAGUAUAUUAAAUUAACAACGAACCCACAUCGACAUGCAACUGGAGAAGGAGGAGUACUGCUGGAUACAGGAGUGCAAAGAUUUAUGGCCAUGCGUGCUACGCAAUAUGAACAUUUUCGCCCAACACCAAAGUCUUCAUUCUAUGGCCUUGCAUUGGUUGCAGCACCUAUGGCACUGUUCAUAUGGUUUAUAAAGAAGAAGAGGGAUGAACAAGAACACAAACUUCGUACUGGACAGGUUGCCUAUAGGGACAGACGCUUCAAAUUCCAGUAGCUACAAGCAAUUACCUCAACUGUAAAUAACUCUUAGUAUUUAUGUCUUUUUGUUUGUCUGUUGAAACACAUUGUAAUGCAGAUACAGAAAUAAAUAUUCUUCAUAGCUAAAA